GUCCAGAGGCUGGCCGGGAUCUCAGGCACAGACAGGCAGCGGGAGGUACACACACUUGAGAGAGUGUCCCACAUCAGGUGGUACGCGGGGGCAGACUGCGUGGGGAGCAUAUAGCCCACCUGGGAAGGAGGGAGGAUAGCAGAUUAACCGGCAGAGACGAGAAUUAAGCUUUGAGAUCACUCGAGAGGAGUAAGUUGGCAGGUUAAAAGCCGUACGCCAGCCCAGCUUAUUGCAGGAAGGAAGAGGAGUGUGAAGACUAGCCAGAGGGAGUGCAGUUCACCCAGAGAUCCCAGGAUGAAGCUCCAGGUGGCACUGUGCAUGGCGUGCCUGCUGCUGAUGGGCUCAGCACAGGACAGAGCCACCUUCCAGAGGGGCAACGACCAAAGGGGGCGCUGCCAGUACACCUUCACUGUCAGCAGCCCCCGGGAGGCCAGCUGCCCGGUGAGCGGCGGGGGGCCUGAGAUGGAGACACUGAAGGCCCGGCUGGCGUUGCUGGAGGCGCAUGUGAGCCGCCUGGUGGGUGAGGGGCCAGGGGCGGGGCCAGGGACGGGGCCGCGAGAUGCCCAUGCCCAGGCCGAGCAUGAGCGGGCUCAGCUGCAACGGGAGAAGGAGCGACUGGACGGCACUGUGCAGGACCUGCAAGCUCGGCUGGCAGACAUGAAGCAGGAGGUGGAAAGGCUGCGGGCCCAACCCUGCCUGGAGGCAUUCCCUCAGAGCGCCGCCCUGCAGGACGGAGGCCGUAGAGCAGCCAGCGGGUCUGGUGGUGCCUCCCCGCUGGUGUCACGGCCCGUGGUGCAGAGUGAGAGGGGCAGGGUGAGAGAUUCAGCCUGGUCACUGGGCAGCCCCGGCUACCAGGAGUUAAAGGCAGAGGUGACACAGCUGCCUGCUUCCCAGCUCACCCAGGAGGAAAGUGAGAAGGACACAGGUUGUGGGGAGCUGGUCUCAGUGAGCCAGCCAGUUUCUCACCGCAAGGCAGACAGCAUUGCAGGGAAGUACGGGGUGUGGAUGCAGGACCCGGAGGCGCCCCCUGGUGGCCCAUACGGGCCGCAGAUGGUCUGGCGUAUCGACACCAUCGGCACAGAUGUGCGGCAGCUGUUUGGCUACGAGGACAUGAACCAGUUCUCCCGCGGCUUCCCCACUAAGGUACUGCUUCUGCCGGAUCCCAUGGAGAGCACGGGGGCCGUGCUGUACCACGGCUCCUUCUACUACCAGCGGUGCCUGAGCCGCACCCUCGUGCGCUACGACCUGGCCACUGAGACUGUAGCGGCACGCCGCGAGCUGCCCCACGCCGGCUUCCACGGCCAGUACCCCUACUCCUGGGGCGGCUACACGGACAUCGACCUGGCCGUGGAUGAGCAGGGCCUCUGGGUCAUCUACAGCUCCAACAAGGCCAAGGGCAACAUCGUGGUGUCCCAGCUGGACCCCAAGAGCCUGGAAGUGAGGAGGAGCUGGGAGACAAGCGUGCGCAAGGCGGCGGUAGCCAACGCCUUCAUGAUCUGCGGCCGACUCUACACGCUGGCUAGCUACGCGGCACCCAACACCACCAUUAAUUACAGCUAUGACACGGCCACAGGUCAGGGCAAGGUCAUCGCGGUGCCCUUCCAAAACCGCCAUGGCUACAAUAGCAUGGUGGACUACAACCCCUCCCACAGGAAGCUCUACGCCUGGGAUAAUUUCCACAUGAUCAGCUACGGCGUGCGGCUAGGCAAGCUGGAUGCCAAGUGAAACUCAUAAGUGCAAAAACACAAAAAUGAGUGAAUGUGAACAGGCUCACUAGCUGACACGCCCUUUACGCCACAUCAGACAGCACCCCCCACCCUCCCCCAAGCUGACAUUUCUCGUGUCAAAAAUUACUAAGCACACUUACCCAUAUUCCUCUGCAGCUUGAUAGAGUGAGGCUGGCUGUCACAUGUCAUUGCGCAGCUUUGAUCAGCCGCUUCCAAUCUCCCGAGACCAGGGCCUGCGCUGGAGGCUUAUUAAAGCUAGCUGUCAUAGGAACCGAUCUCUCGCAGGUCUCUCGUUUCACUGGGAUGGUUUUCGCUGUGGCACGGUCCGAGAUGAGUUAUUUUUCUAUCAUAAUCUUUGAUCAGUUGUUGUCUAGACGGCUUAUAGGGAAAAACAGAUCACCCCAGGGUCCUUAUUCUGGGCUGCGAGGUGGCUCAGUGAAGAACAUAGUAGCCACACACCUCCAUGGUAGGGGGCUCAAACCCCUGGGUACAUCUGAAUUUGCAUAGUUACGCAGUACAUACUGAAUUUCAUCACUUUUUCAGCCAUUAACGCAGUCCAUACCCUUUGCUUGCACGAGAACAGUGUGCAUGCAAUCGGAUCCACUGCAGUCACUAUUUUGUACACUACCUGACCCGGAUGUUUUCCAGUUGACCCCCAAGAAAGUUAAAGAUUUUUCAUGAAAACAUAUGCAUAUUCCAGUCAACUUAUGUAUGGCGGCACUUUUUCUGCCAACUGGACAAUAAUUUCUGAGUAAGCCACAUUCUUCGCUGCUCCAGUGGCCUUGUGGGAUAGCCUUAAGUGUACCGUUCACCUACUGUCUUGUCCAUACUGAGGAUUCAGACAUUCUGCUUACGUCGCAUACUAAAUUUUGCCUACUAAAUAGCAAACAAGUACGUGAUUUUGGACACACCCCCUGACUCUGAGUCUGUGUGUGUGCAGUUUGCAUGUUCCAUGAAUUUGUGCAUGUUUCCUCCCACAGUCCUAAAACGUGUCACUAGGCAAAUUGGUCUCUCUAAAUAUCCCACAGUGUGUGAGGGCUCUGCGGUGGACUGGCAUCCUGUACAGGGAGAACUUUUGCUUUGUGCACUUUGCUGCCUCCAAUAGGCUCCAGGCCAACUGCUACUGGAUAAUCGAUUCGAAGAUGGAUGGAUGGAUGUUGGUCUGGCUAACAUUUUAUUCCAGCAUGCGCACAGUCCGUACUUGAUGCAGCGUUUUCUCACCAUAUCAUUCACUAUAUGUACUAGAUAAAUACAUGUAAAUGACUCUCCUCUCCCAUUUUUCCACUCAGUCUAUAGCUGAAAUUAAUGUUUUUAUGUGUGUAUAAUAGUGAAUCAGAUAUAUUUACAUUCAAAGUUGAAUAAAAAAAAAUAAAAAAUAUAUAUAUGUGUA